UAUAGUUAUUUUUUCCUUCUCCGUUGUUUUACGACUUCUUUACUAAUAUGUUUACCUUACAUACUUGAUUUUUUAUAUUCAUUACUAAGGCUGAAAAUUUACUGGAAACAACAUUUCUACCUUCACAAGAGUAAAUUGCGUAAACUAAACACCCUCUUCAGACCUCACUUAUGAAGUUACACUUAUGAUUGUCGUUGUAACUCGUAUAACUUGUAAUCAGAAUAAACCAAUAUGAAGUUGCACGAGGAAUGGUUCACGACAUUUUUGCUUCAGGUUCUGCAAAGUAAGCUAAAGCUUUUAAAUUAACACUCCAAAUAAUAUACUUUUACCCCCAAUAAUCUUACUUUACCAUUACCUUUAGGAGGUGCCAAAGAUGCAUCUUCACCUGGAAAUGAGCAACUUUCUAUCCAACAGUCAUUUUCACUUCAACCUUUUAAAUUGAAACCUCCUCAAAAUUCUCAGACCAAUAAAAUAAAGAAAGGAGGAGAAGAUUUACUAUAGGAGAAAAGAACAAUGGGUUUCUUGAUGUCUGUCUUAAGCGGUUUUCUUCUCGCGAUGGUAUUUUCUGUAUCUAAUGGAGACCCUUUAGUUCCAGCAUUGUGCAUAUUUGGUGACUCUGUAGUUGAUGUUGGAAACAAUAACAACUUAAGCACUCUCAUCAAGGCAAAUUUUCCGCCUUAUGGAAGAGAUUUUGUUAACCAUAAACCUACCGGAAGGUUCUGCAAUGGAAAGCUGGCCACAGACUACACUGCUGAAUAUCUUGGGUUCACUUCAUACCCACCGGCUUACCUGAGCCGAGAAGCUAGAGGGAAAAAAGUUCUUACUGGUGUCAACUUUGCCUCCGCUGCUUCUGGUUAUUAUGAAAGGACUGCUCGACUGUUUGUAAGUACUCAAAUAUGUCUGAGAAUAGAAAUCAGCCAAUGUUUAGAGGAUGACUAACUUGGAAAGUCAUGGUUUUUGCAGCGUGCUCUGACGUUGACACAUCAACUUAAAUAUUAUAAGUUGUGGCAAAGGAAAGUAGUGAAUCUGGUAGGGAGGACCAAUGCUACUAACAUUUUCUCAAGAGGAAUACAUAUUAUAAGUGCAGGAAGCAGUGAUUUCAUUCAAAACUACUAUAUAAAUCCACUACUCAACAGAGUC